AUGGAAGACUGUGAUUCUUCCCCGAGAACGAGCGUAUUCGCCGACUUUCCGAAUGAGCUAUGGUUGCGCGUCUUCGAUUUCGCCACCCUCGUCCCAGGAGCUUUGAACUUCGAGUACGAUGACCCAUUCCAACCAUCUGCCGCCUACGAAAACACUCCUUUGAACUUCGGCCCGAAUCGGAGAUCUGCCAGAAGGUCAGCGUUUUCCGCCCAUCCAAACGUACCUCGGAACAGCAACUUGACUCGGAAACCCACCGUGAGGACGGCAAACGCAGUUGGCUUACAGAUCAUGCUCGUCUGCAAACGCUGGCGUGAGCUAUUCGGAACACGAUUGUACCGGCACCUACAUAUCCAAAGUUGUCGCCACUUGGACGAUCUCGCUCACAAGCUAGCACUUCCACCUCAGGACUCGGUCCCGGGGUCAAAUUCGCGAUCUCUGGGAUCGUUCGUCUCACGCUUGGACCUCGUCAUGAAAGACCUACCAUGGCCUGGAGAAGAAUGGGAAGAUGUGCUGUCCGGCAUAGAGAAACUAUUCGAGCACCUCCCAAAUCUCAAAAUCCUCGAGAUUUCCAUGCGUUGGGAGAUAAUUCCGGACCCGUUCAAUGAUGAUCAUCCGUCACAUUGGAUGCGUCGUCCGCUCGAAUUUUGGGAGAGAAUCGGUUCUACCUGCGGACACACAUUGCGUCGAUUCGAAUGCAUCCCCGGAAGGUCCAACAUCUUUCGACUGGACAACGUCGAUGCCCGCGAUUUCUUUCGGAUAUUUCCACACAUACGAACGAUUGGACCCGCAGACGGUGACAUCUCAUUGGCCGAACCGAAGACCAGACGCUUUCUUGAACUGCAGGGCCCCCUGAUCACGACCGUCUAUCUCACCGGUAGCAUAGUCCUGUCUGCCCGGGACCCUCCCUUAUCUUCCCUUCAGGUGCUCGGCCAGUACUGUCCGCUCCUUUCACGCCUUAUUAUAACCACUGGAGACACGUUCACCUUACUCUACGAACCCGACGCCUUGAAUUAUAAUCGGCUCUGUAUUAUCCGCCAUUUUCCAACGACCGUCACGCAUCUUGCCAUACGGUACGACGAGCCCCAGGGCAGGAUAGAACUCGGGCAGGUCGUGUGUUGGCUCGCCGCUCCCGAAAUCCAGAGCACGUCCAUUCGGCUCGUGCGGCUCUUAAAGAACGAGGUCGAGGAUUAUCGAACCGUCAUCGGGCUCGAUGGACUGCCAAUCUCCUCCCCACCGGAGCCGUGGCCUGAGGAGAUCUCACCCGAAGAACUCGACUCUGACGAGAAGUUGUUCGCAGAUUCGCCGGAGGACUUGUUUGCGAGGGUGAGAGGGGUUCCUCGUCGUAGAUUCGUCGGGGCGUUGCGUCGUCUGAGAGCGUUUGGCAUUCGAGUGGAGCAUGCGGACGGACGCGAGGUGGAAGAGCUGGACUAUUGA